UGUCUGGAAUUUUGUUUUAAAAGGAUACUGCACCUGACCAUCAUUCAUGAAGAAGAUUGCUUGCUGGAGCGCCUUCUCUACUAUAUCAAGGGUACGGAUUUUCUCAACCUGCAAAACAACAUGAAGCAGACCGCACUGCAUUUGGCAGUGAUCCUCGAGCGACCAGAUUUUAUAAAGAAGCUGACAGCGGCUGGAGCGAGCCUCUUGCUUCAAGAGAAGGAUGGGAACACUGCCUUACACCUCGCUUGCAAGGAAAUGGCACUUGCCUGUGUCCAGGCACUCCUGUUUCACCAUUCCAGUGACCUACAUUAUUCCAACUUGGUGGACCCUUCACAAUUCAAACAGCAGCUACAUUUCUAUAACUACCAAGGUUUAACACCCCUCCACUUGGCAGUAAUACUUAAUGAUGUUAAGAUUGUGGAGUAUCUUCUGCAGUUUGAACUGGACAUAAAUGCAAAGGAGAAGUGUGCAGGUCGGACUGCAUUACAUUUGGGAGUAGAAAAGCAGAAUCUUCACAUCGUCAGACUCUUACUAAAGAGGGGAGCAGAUGUUCAUGCCCAGAUGUACAAUGGCUACACACCAAUUUGUCUGGCGGUGUUCUUGCCCGAUUCUGGAAUAACCCAAAUGCUCAGAGACUAUGGCUCUUCAGAACCAAUUACAGAUGAUGAGUCAGAUGAAGAUGAAGGAAUAGAUGAAGAUGGUGUGGUACGUAAAACUGUUUAACUGAACUCCAAAUAC